GAGAAGGAUGGAGUUUCCUGUCGGGUUAAUGUGCGAUCCGGAAGAGCUGGGAGAGACCAGCAAAGACACUGAUACGCUGAGAGGACAAGUUUCGAAGGGAGAGAGAGGAUUGAAAUCGGAUUCGUCCGAUGAGCUGUUCAGUCAGGAGGAGGAAAUUUCGGAUAAUACCGUUUACAUUGGAUCUGUGCUUGAAGAGGAAGGUUUAUUGAUCGAGGCAUCCCAACCAAACGCCUGGGUUCCAACGCCAGUCAACUCGGAAACGCAAGCACCGCAAGAUGUUAUUCAACCGACGAUGGUCUUUGAACAACCUAAGCUUACCCAGCAGUGGUCCUUUUCCCAAACAGAUCAUACCCAAAACACAAACCGAGAGAUAACCUUUUCCCAGAUUUAUCGUACUCAAAACACAACCCAUGACCCGACCCAAACUACGGAUGCUACCACAGAACUUCCAGACGAAUCCGAACAGCGGUUCUCUCAAACCUCGAUCCCACUCAUCCAGGAAGUUUCCGAGAUUCCAGCUUCGAUCCGCAACCUGUAUAGCUCAAUAACCGAACAGUACAGUGACUACUGCUUCUCGUACACCCUCGCAGCCCAGCUGUGUCCGGAACUCUUUCCCAUGAACACCCACACCGCGCUAAAGUUCGGCCUAGUCCUCAGCCUAGCCUCGAUCCACAAGUCAUCCCCCGUCCCACCGUUCCACGUGAUCGCCAUCGGAGCGGACACAUCCGCGUCGAACCUCCUGAUGACCGCCAUCGGCCAGCUGGCCCGUCGGUACGUGAUCGGUGCCGCCGAUCCCAUUGCCGGCGGUCGCGUCCUCGAAGAGUCGAGCUUCGUCGAGUGUGGCGCCACUUCGCUGGCUCGGACCGGCGUGUGUUACAUCGGCGACUGGGCGAUGCAGAAGCCGGUCAACGCAACGCGGAUUCUGCGCGAGAUCGAGUCCGGCCGGGUGAUAAUCGAGAACCACGCGAUCGCGUACCCGCUGGAGUGCGCCAUCUGGACCUGCUGGAACUACAGCCGCCGGACGAAGCAGGACUUGAGCACCAUGGUGGGGUUCUUGAACACCUUCGGCAUCCCGAUCGUUCUGCCGGAGCAAACCGCUGACGCGGAGAUUGACUUUCUGCUGGAGCAGUCCUUGCGGGACUACGACGAGUUGAUCGAGGAUCGAGAUCCGCUGGUCCCGGAGGAAGAUGUGCGACAGUUUUUCGCCAUGCUCUACUUCCAGUCAGUGGUGAUUCCGGCGGAGAUCAUCCAGCUGCUGGAAGAGUACGGCGCCAGGACGCGCGUUAGGGUUCCAGAAGCCCUUUCACAAUCAUCGCUCCAGGCUUUGUCCAAGCUGACGGAAGCCCACACGAGACUCUGUUUUCGGAAGGAAGCUACCCGCUUGGAUGCCCUGGUCGCGAUCAUGACCUGCGAGCGCUUCAUUCAUUCCGCAUUCUCCUACCCAGGUAAUGUAGCCCCGCUAGUCGAUUCCCUCGAGUCGAUGGAUGAUCUGGAACAGUACCUGCAAAACUUUGACACUUGGUUGGGAGAUUUUCUCAACAAUACGACGAUUUUGUAGUUUUUAAAAUAAUUUAAUU